UACUUAUAAAAAUUAUGAUGUUUUACAUUAUUUCAUGUUUGAUUUCGAAAAUUGGACACAAUAAUAAAUAAAUAUGAACGAAGAGAAACUGAAUGAGUUAACUGAUAAAAAAAAUCACGGAAUACUGAAACAUAAAAAAUCUUAUAAUUUAUUAUCUGCGAUUGUGGGACGCACAAAAAAGAAAAAGAAACAAGACGAUAAUGAUUGUGAGUUGAAUUGUGUGUCUAGUACUUCUACAUUCGGUAGCAAUUACGCAGACAAAAUGGCAUCCGAAGAAUUUAAAAGCAUAAAUUCUGUUGGAUCAACAGAAUCAGAACCCUCAUUUGAUUCCAUGAAUAAAACAAAGAAUAAGUUCUUCAGUAAAUUUUUAGUGAAGCACAGUUCAACUGAUAUUAGAAAACAAAAUUUGUACAAUAUUGGGGAUGACGCGCAAAACGCAAAUAAAGAAAAGAUAACUGAUAGAAAAAGUCAUUUAGAAUUCCCUGUAACGUUUAUAAAAUUUAAGAAGCCGAUCCUGUCCGCUUCAUUAAUCGAAGGAGUGGUUUCCCUCCAAAAUUUAACGUCUCGAUUAGAACAAAGCGAAAAAUAUUUAUUAGACGUUUUAAAACGAUACGUUAACGACAUAACCUUACAAAAAGAAUUAAUUGAUACUCUUAGUGCUCAUUCUAGUUUACACAGAGAAACAGAGAGACUGACCCGCCAUCUAUCUACGGAGAUGUGGUCUAAACAACUAGAAAUUGAAAAGGGGCAACAGAAUACUUUACAAGACGCUUUGGAAUCUGUAAUAAAGCAAAAUAGACAAUUACUUGUCGAAUAUGAAGGUCUCUACGUAACUUACGAAAAACUUCUUAAUAAAUUCCAAAAUUUCGUCGAGAAAAACGAUUCGAACGAAAAAGGAUGUGAGCAAGAAAUCAAGGAGGUUAUGAAACAUAACAUAGAGUUGAUAAACAAAAUGGAGAACGUCUGUAAGCAAUUCGAGAACCAGCUGAUGGAUUCUAGAAAACAAAAUGAAAGUUUAGGAGAUCAAUUGUCGAAGGUUUCGGGACAAUUACGGGAUUUGGAAGCGGUUUUUCAAAGGACGAAAAGUGAUUACGAUUUGGAAUUGAAAAAUUUCAAAUCUAAAGAAAAAAUUAUGUUAGAAAUCAAAAACUCAUGUGAUAUAUUUAAAAAAGAAGUGGAGUCGAUGAGGAAUCAACUGAACGGUUUUCCGUUUGAAUUCGACUGGGAAAAGUUUAAGAGUAGUGAGGAAGAAAAUUUAUAUUAUAUUAUAGACAUCGGACAUUUAUGUAUCAAAAAUUUAACGCAAGAUGUCGUUUGUCUUAGAAACAAACUUAAUAUUAAAGAAAAAAAUAUGUAA